AUGCCCACUCCCAUUGAGGACAAUCCUCUUCUCUCCAUAAAUGUGAAGUUGUGGAAAUUCCUGUCCGUCCUCUUAGUACGCGAUUGGAGUCGUUGUGUCGCUCUUGUGGCGCCAGUGUGCCUGAUGAACGCAAUGCAAUUCGUUUAUUUGUAUCAACAAUGGGGCGAUUUGGCCACUUUCAUUCUGAAUACCUUCUUUGCGGUGUCCAUAUUCAAUGCCUUGCUGCGAACGUGCUUUGUCAUCAGGAAUCGAGAUAAAUUUGAGGCACUUAUGCAGGAAUUGGUAACACUAUACGACAAUAUACAAGCCACUGGGGAUGAGCAUGCAAAGAGCGUGCUAGCAGAAGCCACCAGGUCAACAAGAAAUAUAUCAAUCUUCAAUUUGGCUGCUUCGUUUUCCGACAUAAUAGUGGCUAUGGGAUAUCCACUUUUUCGUGACCAAAGAAUUCAUCCUUUUGGAGUUGCAUUGCCCGGCAUAGACGUCACCCGCUCUCCACUUUAUGAAAUCCUCUAUGUUGCCCAGCUUCCCUCCCCCUUCACUUUGAGCUCAAUGUAUAUGCCUUAUGUAAGUCUUUUCGCAUCUUUUGCAAUGUUUGGCAAAGCAGCACUGCAGAUUUUGCAAAAUAAUCUCAGAAAUUUAUGCGAAAAUAUGCAACACAAAAGUGAGCCGGAAUUGUUCGAUACGCUGCGUGCGAAUAUAGCCUACCACGCCAGAAUUGCUAAAUAUGUCAAUGAUUUUAAUGAAUUAGUUACUUAUAUGGUACUCGUGGAAUUUCUACUCUUCAGCUGCGUUAUUUGCUCACUACUUUUCUGCAUAAAUAUUACUAAUUCAGCGGCAGAAAAAAUGUCUAUUGUUAUGUAUAUUGGCACAAUGUUGUAUGUGCUCUUUACCUAUUACUGGCAAGCUAAUGGUAUUUUGGAAAUGAGCCUCCUUGUCUCAGACGCAGCUUACGAAAUGCAAUGGUACAAUUGUAGCCAGCGAUUCAAGCGAACCUUACUCAUAUUCAUAACACGCACUCAAAGACCACUACAGAUCCGCGUUGGCAAAAUGUCCCCAAUGACAAUGGAGGUGUUUCAAUCGUUGCUAAACACAUCAUAUUCUUAUUUUACACUUUUGUAUAAUCUGUACAACGAUUAAUGCAAUAUUUUGGAACAUUAUAAAUUAAAUUAA